AGCGGCUAGGAGGGUCACGUGAGGGUGGGCGGUGGAGGAGGAGGUUUUCCUCCGCUGGUUUUUCGUCUCUAUGGUUGUCAGAGGUGGGCGGCUUUGAUCCAAAGGCAUUGGCAGCUCCAGUGUGGACAGAUAAAAAUGAAUCAGUUGUUGACAGACAGGAAGAAAAUAUAGUGGAUAGUCUCCUUGGUGCUGGAGUUUGCUAAAGAUGUUUCGUCUUCACUCACUCUCUGCAUUGGCAGAACUGGCCGUGGGCGUUCGAUGUUACCAUGGAGGAUCACAGCCCACCCAGAUCAGGCGACGACUAAUGAUGGUGGCUUUCCUGGGAGCAUCUGCAGUAACUGCGAGUACUGGUCUCCUGUGGAAGAGGGCCCUUGCAGAGUCUCCACCAUCUAUAAACAACCUGAAGAGUGAAGUUGGUGACAAAGGGAAGAAUAAAGAUGAAGGGGAAGUUUGUAACCAUGAAAAAAAGGCUGCAGGUAUUUGUCUCGAGCCUCAUCCAGAAGAGAAAAAGAAGAAACGUUCUGGAUUCAGAGACAGAAAAGUGAUGGAAUAUGAGAAUAGGAUUCGAGCAUAUUCCACACCAGACAAGAUCUUCCGCUAUUUUGCCACCUUGAAAGUAAUCAAUGAACCUGGUGAAUCUGAAGUGUUUAUGACCCCCCAAGAUUUUGUGCGAUCCAUAACACCUAAUGAAAAACAACCAGAACACUUGGGUCUGGAUCAAUAUAUAAUAAAACGCUUUGAUGGGAAGGCUGACUUCUACAAAAAGAAAAAGAAAAUAUUACACAGGGUCAGAAAGAAAAGUAAAAAGUCAAUUUUAAAGAGGAGGAAGAAAGCACAUCAGAAAGAAGAGAGAGCCCGGGAUGGCUUUACAAAGCUUAAAGAGAAGGAAAUCAGAAGGAUAAUCAUGCAGUGGCUGGAAAAGAAAAUUUCCCAGGAACGAGAAAAAUUUGCGGAUGAAGGCAGUAUAUUUUAUACCCUUGGAGAAUGUGGACUCAUAUCCUUUUCAGACUACAUUUUCCUUACAACUGUUCUUUCCACUCCUCAGAGAAAUUUUGAAAUUGCCUUCAAGAUGUUUGAUUUGAACGGAGAUGGAGAAGUAGACAUGGAGGAGUUUGAACAGGUUCAGAGCAUCAUUCGCUCCCAAACCAGUAUGGGUAUGCGUCACAGAGAUCGUCCUACUACCGGUAACACCCUCAAGUCUGGCUUGUGUUCAGCCCUCACGACCUACUUCUUUGGAGCUGAUCUUAAGGGAAAGCUGACAAUCAAAAACUUCCUUGAAUUUCAGCGUAAACUUCAGCAUGAUGUUCUGAAACUAGAGUUCGAGCGCCAUGACCCGGUGGAUGGGAAAAUUACCGAGAGGCAGUUUGGUGGCAUGCUGCUGGCCUACAGCGGGGUACAGUCCAAGAAGCUGACCGCCAUGCAGAAGCAGCUCAAGAAGCACUUCAAGGAGGGAAAGGGUCUGACAUUUCAGGAAGUGGAAAACUUCUUCACUUUCCUAAAGAAUAUCAACGAUGUGGACACUGCAUUAAGCUUUUACCAUAUGGCCGGGGCAUCUCUUGAUAAAGUGACCAUGCAGCAGGUGGCCAGGACAGUGGCUAAAGUGGAACUCUCAGACCACGUGUGUGAUGUGGUGUUUGCACUCUUUGACUGCGAUGGCAAUGGCGAGCUGAGCAAUAAGGAAUUUGUUUCCAUCAUGAAGCAGCGGCUGAUGAGAGGACUGGAGAAGCCCAAAGACAUGGGCUUCACCCGCCUCAUGCAGGCAAUGUGGAAAUGUGCACAAGAAACUGCCUGGGACUUUGCUUUGCCAAAACAGUAACCAAAACUGCAAGAGGGGCCUCCUCCUCCACCCAAGUCACCCUGGCCCCUUGAGCAGAGCCUUGGCACAAUCCUUCCUGCUGCUGCUUCUGGAAGUAGUGCUCCCUUCCUCCUGGGAAUGAUCUCAGGAUUCAACGAGUCUUCCCUCUCCACCCUUCCCCUGUCCCAGCAUCUGUGCUCGGCUCUGAUUCUGCCCAGUGAUUAUCCACCUAGGUUCUCAAAAACCUGAACAAAUCCUCAAAGUUCAGACUUUUGGCACCUUCAUCAGCACCAUGCAUUCAGGCACCCUAUGGAUAGAGAAUGCAUCCAUGUACCUGCCAACCCUGGGAAACAUCCAGUUCUCGAGUCAUUCUUGCUGUGGAUUCACAUUAAGAACAUUCCGGCUUUUCCUCCUGCUGGUAUUCUUAAGCCACAAGUUGGGAAGACCUCUGAAAGGCAAAAGGAAGUCUGUGGUGAAUGGUCAGGAGGAAGAGCCGGGCAUCCUGAGCUGGUGGGAAGCCUGAGCCAGAGGAAGGACCCAUGUCGGUCCCCAGGGUGGCUCUGAGGCCUGCUCCGAGAAGGUGAUGUGCACAGUGGGAAUACAGCAAGAUUUGGAAUUUAAAGUAGCUGCUUCAUGGCUCUCCACUCCCGUCUUUUCCUCCCAGGCUUCAUAAGAGGACUCCACCAUGCUCUGUGCCUAAUGAGCAGUAGUGAUUGAGUUCAUGUUCCCUGCAAGUGCCAUUUCCCCUCCAGGAAUGUGCCUCUAAAGCCGAGGCCUGGCUCAGAGCCUGUCUGCCCUCUGUCUUAAACACUUGUAAAAUAUCACUUUAAUUAUAACAGUUUGCAAUAAACUCCCCCUGCAAAGGC